UCCCAACUAAGUACCAUUCACCCACUCACAGAGAUAUGAAGCCCAGGGACUACUGCUGCUGCGCCAUACCAAUGGUCAAUGCUGGCAUCUAUGCCACCCUCAUCGAACAACUUGUGGUCGCAAUCGUCGUCGGCGCGCUCGCAGUAGGCACACCAGCCAUCGUCGGCGCAUCUGUACCAUCUUUUGCCUCCACAGUCCUAGCCAUCGUCUGCUUUGCCGUCGCGGGCAUCCAAAUCCUUGGGUUCAUAGGUGUAUCCAGGGAAAAGCCCAGAGUGUACCGAAUCUAUGCACUACUUCAUGGCUUCGCUACUGCCGCAGCAUUCUCUGUUGCUGCAGUGUGGAUCAUUAUGUCUGCAACCCGCCAUAAUGAUGCGAAAGAGCGCUGCAUUCAGGACUUUUUCGAGGGGGAUUUGGAGGACAGUCAAGGAGAUGCCUUGUGCACCAUUUUCCCUUGGGUUGAUAUCGGUAUCAUGGGAGGACUUUGGGUAAUUCUAGGCAUAUUCCAUAUUUACCUUCUCGUCGUCGUCACUUCAUAUGGAAAGGCGCAAAGACAGGACCACGACGAUUACGACCAUUUGUCGACACAACCGCUUACUAAAGACACAAUCCCGUUAACAGAGCGCAAAGAACCCUGGGACUCCAGGGGGUCAGACGAAUAUCUUAAAGCCGAUGGCAGCAAUGAUUCCAGAUAUCAUCACCGCAAUCCAAGCACCGCCAGUGCCUCAGAUGUACUCAAUGAACCCUACCAACAACCCAACAGCAACUACUCCGGCGCCUAUACCCCCUACUCCGACAAUGUCCACGAGCCUUCUUACCCAACCUACGCGUACACACAGCAAGGAUAUCCUACCCCAGUUGCUGGUACCUACAGCAGGGAGGAAGAUCCACGUUUAGGGAGGCCGCCACAAGCCCAGGCCCACCCCGCCGAGGGUCAGUUCGGACGUAAAACACCUCGAAUGCUCAGGGACUAAUGACGCUUCCUUUAUCCCUCCGUCCCUCGUAUUACUUGCCUCUUAUGGACAUGACUUCUCUUACGGACGCUGUAUAAUUAAUGGAUUCUGGAA